AUUAGCAGAAGAAACCUCUCUAACAGUGCGUCUACCUAUAGCCUGGGACAUCCUCUUCCUCGAACUUUAAGGGGAGACAAAAACAAACAAACAAACAAGAAAUCAAACAUCCUUUUCCCGCUCGAAAGGAAACAAAACAAAAGACGACCACGAAGACGACCGCCGACGACUAACACCAGCCACGACCUCCGGGUAUAUAUCCUCCAGUCAUAAAUCGACGCCAGUAGUCGCUUCUGAGGCUUGGCACCGGGAAGGCGUGACCCUCCCGCGCGCGCCAUCGCUGUUGGAAAUUUUUUAUUUUAUUUUUAUAUUUGGGUGAUUGUUUGUCCGUUUUUUUUAUUUUUUGGAAGUUCACUGUGAAAAUAAACCUCCCGCCACACGGAAUAAUCGACGGUGAAGGGAACUCUCAUCUUGUUAGAAUAACCGCUUCGGAGGAAACCUUCAAGAGAAGCGGUUCGCCGGUGUCGUGACGUCACAACCAGCUUCCCCCCCCCCUCCUAGAGGCCCCUUUGGGUCAGCCUCAACCACCGGUCACGCGCGAAGGAAGGCCAGGCUGACAGGCGCAGACGUAGGGGCGGAGGCACGGAACCUGACGCCGGUGCUGACGCCGCUGACGUUGGCGAGGACGAGAGGAUGUCGGCGCAUUUGUGAGCCGCGAGAGACACACAGGCGAGACACCGUGGGAAAUCUCCGGGCGGCCAUCUUGCUGUCGUCGGCGCCAUGGAUAUAACACGGAGCAUUCAGGAGGCGACGGCCCUGCGAGACGUGGCUUACGUCGUUCGCUUCGGCCACUUCCCCGGCGACGCCUUCGCUCUGUCGCGGCGGCUCAGCGGGUCCUCCUCCCCUCCGCCUCUUCCUCCCUUCUGCGUGCCUUCGGGAGGAGUCAGCGGCGGCGAGGAUGAAGGGCUGCAGGACCCCUCGGAGGGCAGGACGUCCCCCUCGCCGUCGUCCCUGGCCAGCGGCACCAACAACCCCUUCGGCGACGAGGAGGACGAGGUCGAGGAGCCUCCGAAGUCGCUGAAACUCGACCUGAAUCCCUUCGGAGGCGAGGAGGACGACGAGGAGGAGAUCGAGGAGGAGAGAGGAGGCUUGAGGGCCGACCUGCCCGCGACCUCGGCCUCCAGCUACACCACGACCUCGCCCCGCUCCCCCCUCAGCUCCGGCGUGCCCACGGGCAGGAGCUCCCCGACCACCAGCCAGGCGUCGCCCACCACGGGGCCCAGUUCCCCCACCGCGCGCCUUUUCUUCCCCACCAGCAAGAGCGCGUCGCCGCCGCCCUUGACGUCGCCGCUCCCUCUCGAGCCCUUGGAGGUCGACGACGUCACCAGGAGCCGCACGGAGGAGGUCAUCUCGGUGGCCUUCAACGUGACCCGACUUGAUCUCAAGAGACUCAUUGAAGACACAGGAAAAAACCAGGAACCGCCUCGAGUUGAAAUCCUUCUGGAGCAGAUACGGACGGAGGGACUGAAGGUGGCGCCCCUGACAGGUGAGGGAGAGGGAGAGGAAGCCGACGAGUGA